UUAAGUACAUAACUGAGGUAGGGCCAGAUUUCUCAAAUUUCUCUAACGAGGUUGACUUGAAAAUGGCAGUAUGAAGUAGUAUUUAUGUAUCGUGAACUGUAGUUUUCCGGAGAUUUUUCCAGGGGUCAGAUUAGAUUAGCCACUCCUUCGUUAGCAUACGGAUGCCGGUGGGAAAUGAUAGCAGUUAGCUAGCGUUUUCGCGAUUUGGUAAGAUGGCUGGGGACUUUCAAGGUUUUGCGCUGGAAAAAGCCGAACUGCUUUCCAGCCGUUUGAAGGAGAUCCUGACCUCGGGACAAGGAUAUGUUCGGGCCCAGUUCGGGGUGGAUUUGGGCCUGAAGCCCGAGUUGUACCCGACGUGGGUCAUCCUGUCUACGGCCGCAGUGGGUCUGCUACUGCUACUCGGUUUGUCAUGGGCCGUUGUCUGUGGCGGUCUGUUCGUCGGGAAAAAGCAGGGAUCCCCGGUAACCCGAAGUAGCUGUGAGCCCGAGAAGGCCAGUUUAGCUAAAACUGCCAAACCAGAAGAACAGAAGAAGAGGAACAAGAAGAAAACGCUUGAAAAGAGGACUCAACCCAAUGGACAGCCAGUAGCUGUGGCUCAGGAGGAAGUUAAAGUGACUGAGGCAGUUUCCAAACGAGACCCACAGAUCAAAUCCGAGAAGGUGAAUGAUGUACAGGCCCCAGUGCAGGUGAAAAAGAACAAGAAGAAAACCAAACCAGAUGUGAAACCAGUCCAGCACGUGUUUACAGUUGAUGGGAAGGAACCUGAUGAUGGUGCAUGGGAGACCAAAGUUAGUAACCGAGAAAAGAAGCGAAGGAAGGACAAGAGUACUGAGGACUCUGGUAGCCCAGGAGGGGUGGAGGCUCCAAAGACCAGUGUGGAAGCACCUAUAGCCACAGCACCCGCUAACACCAAGAAGAACAGAGGAAACCAAGAGACCCUGCAUUCAAGAUCAACUGGAAAGAGAGAUGCAGCCAGUGGAGCUGUGUCCUCCAGCUGGAGAGAAGAGCCGUCAGUCAAUGGUGGAGGUUGGACUGACAUUUCUAUGAAGACACCAGAACAGAUGGCUGUGGUGGAGGGAACCAAGUGGAGUGCCAUCCACAUGGCUAGACCUUACAGGGCCACACAUAAACCUCAGUCCUGGGCGCAAGAAACACAAGCAGCAUGGAGUGGCAUUGAUGGCCGGAGAAACACUGAUCUCAACCCUGUGUCCUUCUCCAUGCUGGGACCCAACACCACGGACCCGAUAUCAAAUGCAAUGGAGCUGCAGUGGCCAAAGCAAACUGAUGGUCAGGAUGAAUGGUCUGGUUUCAAUGGGAUGACUGCAGAGGACCAGAGCUCUGACUGGAAUGCCCCACUAGAGCACUGGGGAAACUAUGAAGAGGUUGUUGUGACACCAGCGCCUCCACCCAAGGAACAGCCUGUUCCCAACAAGGUGUCAGAGGAUGAGAAGGACAUUGACGAUCCCUCCAGUGGGGCCAACAAAUCCAAGAGGAAGAGGAGGAGGAAGAAGAAAGCAGAGGAGGAGGCUACAUCUGAGGCUCAGACGGUGACUGCAGCGCCUCAAGAGCUUCCCGUGCCUGCCUCCAAAAAGCAUAACCCCAACAUAUCCUCUGCUCAGAAGAAGCCUGAGCAGAUUGUGGAGCCUCCAAAACCCACCCAGAAGAAAAAAGUCCGAAGGGAAACAUGAAGUCACAUUGCAGGUCCAUACAAAGCAUAUGCAAAUGAUUGUUAAAUGUGUCACAUGCAAUAAUUAUCAGGUGCAGGAGAUUCUUUUUGAGAUACAUCAAUGGUUUAUCAGUCACAGAAACAAAUAGAAAACAAGCAGCGGAUAUCACCUGCUUGUCUAAAUAAAACGAUGAAAUGUGGUCCUAUGGACUGAAAUCUUAAAACUGUUUUGCACUAUUUGCUACACUGCAAACCAGAAUGGAGUUUCAGGAGAGGUGGAUUUGCAGUGAAGGUACAUGUUAAUGAAAUUGUUUUUAUGGCAGCAAAGUGUUUUUUUUUCCCUCCAAGAGUGUAUGUUGAUAAUUGUAAAUCCAAAAGUAAACACAUUUUAAUUUCAUUUUUUGUUAUAUGGAAAUUUAAGUUCCAAGAAAUGCAUGGAUUUUUGCUUCCCAGAAUAUUGCACUUUGUUUUGUUUGCCUUGUUGAUACUCUCUGUAUCAAUUAUUGAAAUGUGUGGGCUGGUCUCAGAUCAGGAUACGUUUAGAUUUUUUCAAGUUCAUCGCAGUACAUCACUCAGAUGUACAUUAAAAGAGUUAAGGGUUGCUGUCAUCAUCCCAACUGUUCAUACAGGGGUGAUACCCUCAUAGAGCAAUUACAAUGUAAAAUUGGUCAAACAAGGAUCCACACCCCUUGUUUUGUGCAAAAAAACACUCAGGUGAAGCUAAUUCCGAUUGAGUUAGCCGAAUUGAUGGGUACUCUGUGUUUCCCUGAGAUAAGCGAAGGAUACAGUUUUAUUGCUGUGACAAAACCCUGAAAAUAAACUACCAGGACAAAGGAACCCAGUUUGCUAAUCUCAAACUGCUGCAGCCUCAAAUGAGUGUUUCCCUUUUGCAUAGUAAAAAUACAGUGUAUUCCCUCUAUUAAGGAAUCUCUGCUAGACCAGUAUGAGCAGUAGAAAUGAUUGUAGCUACCUAUAACUCUUUACAAAUUACAAUUGAGUGUUUUGUUAACACACGCUUCGCAGUCCUAUAAAAAUUAUAUUUCUCCCAAAAUUGACCGUUUGUGUAUAAAAGCCCCCUAAUGAAGAAUGGCAGCUGUGAUCUGGCUGAAUUCCAUGACAUUUACAGUGGUGGGAAAUUUGACAGCACUAACUGUAUUCAUUGUUUUGCCAAGAUCUGUUUAAAUACACUGCUGACUGAUCUUCAGAGGCAUAGCGUGACACCAGAGCAGUGUAUUUAGUCAGAUAUUGUUCAGACUGUGAUGAACAUUUGCAGUGCACUGACAGCUAAAAUGUCACAGAUUCAUUAUUUAGGGAUCAGAUCGGAUCAUUUUUAGGACAUUAAAUUUAAAAUGUGGACAUUGUAAACUGAUUCUAGAAUCACACUGGGGACGGUUAACUGUUUUGUAGAGAGCAUAGUAACUGAUAUGAACCAGCAGGAGGCACUGUAAUGUGAAGUAAAGGAAUAGUGAGAUUAUCCCUUAAAGCAGUAACGCUAUGAAGUGUUGUCCCUCUGGUUUUAUCAUUCUUACUGUCAGUCCUUAUCUGAAUAGACUGUGUUGAUUUUUCUUGAAACUUGAUUGUCCCUUCUGCACGCUGUAUGAUUUAAAAAAAAAAAAACAAAAAAACAAUUUUUUUCUUCCAGUUUUUGUGCUAGAAAAAGCCAUGCCAUAUGUACAGAUUGUAAGGGCUUUUUCCAGUUCUGUGAUUGCACUGUGCAAAAGGCUGUAUCAAGUUCCUUUUGAUGUCGAUGAAUUGCUUUUUACUACCUUCUUGCAGAAUGUGAAAUAUGUAACUUCUUUGGUUUGUACCGGAUUUCCAGGAUGUAUGAUGGAGGAUUUUUAUUUUUUUUUUACUUUUUUGACAGAUUGAGAAAGAUAACGUACUUAGACAUAUGAUAGGGAGCAGCUUUAAUUCCACAUCAGAGAUGGGUUUUAAACAAGACACACACACAGUUACACAUAUAUAACAGGAAUUUAAUUCCAUUGCCUUAACCUGUAGUUGUAUAGGAAGUGCGUCCUUUUUUAUAGUUCCCAUCCAAUUGCAAGUUUUGAUGUCAUAAAUUAAUUUGAUCUUGCAUGACUUUGAUAAUAGUACUUGUGUACAUGAAAUUAAGAACAAUCCUUUGCUUUAACUGUUAGUACUUGGUCCUGGAGUACCAUUCGGUGUGUAUACUGUAAUAGCUUUUUUAAUGAGACAAACUGCAGCUUCUCUGUGGGUGUCCAAUUUAGCAGACAUUAACAGGAGUCUGUUGCUGUUAGGCAGAGAGCCUUUUCAAGGUGUUGAUCAGCUGGUGUUGGUAGAUAAGUUGGCUUCAGACGCCCUUUUUUUGGUCUAAUUUUUACUGAUUAAGAUGGAUUCAGUCAUUGUAUUUAUAUACUUCUCUUUAGGAAAUGGUUAUGUGAAUGAUUUUGUUAAAUGAGGAGAUACAAGUGACAUUUCUAUGUUUGUUUGGUAAAAAUGUAAAAUAAAUGAGAAUUGCUUGAUA